AUGGGACCCUUCAACGCGGACAUCCUCCGCCAUGUCACUAGGACGCCCGCGCGCCAGUCAGUGUUGAGAGACGCUCACGAAAUCUUCAAGGCUGCCAUUAUGGUACAAGAUUGCUCUUGGGAAGAGAAAUUUCUGCGAAACAUCGAGUUCAACACUCUUGGUAUUAGCGAGGCGCACGUACUGAAGAACACAAAACACAAGUACAUGAGAGCAUUUGUAACAGAAACAGAGUCAACAAAUCGGGUUCGAAACCUGAGAUCCCAACCCGAGUUAAUCUACGGAUGGAUUCCCCAACGACAUGGUAUCGACGAUGAUAAAGUACCAGCUUGUCCCAAGCCAGAAGCAGAGGCUGUCGACGGAACAAAGAUGCCCUAUCCUUUUUUAUUGGUCAACUUUGCCCCUGAUAGCGAGCGAUACAGAAAUCGAGGUGGCAUUGUUAGUGAGUCAGCAUUUGACUGCCUUCAAGGCGCUUCCAUCAGCGUCAGGAUGGUUGAUAGACUGCGACACCGCUUCGAAGUGUGCGGGAAGGCUGACGCAGGACUCAAUAGCUCUGUGUUCAGUCUCGUGCUGAAUCGGUACACAGCCUACAUAUAUUUCAGUUAUGCAUGGGACGAGACAAGUGAGCAUGUUCAUCGGGUACCACAUUAUAAUAUGUAA